GGUGGGGAUCACUCUUUAAAAACGUCUCUUUAAGCCUUUCUUCCUUUUCAUUGCCAUUUCCUUAUACCGCCUUGGGCUCGCUUCCUUUCGCUCAGACCCACUACGCUUGACGCACCAAUCGUCCCAACAGUCGCCACUAGCAACGCAAGGAACUGUGGCUCAAUCCUGGUUACUUUGGGCGCUGCUAGCAACCUACUAGCAAUCUGUCUUAGACCUUUGUUUCUGCUAGCGAUGGCCUCCAACCUACUAGCCCUGGCUUCCAACUUCAUGGGAACCGUUAGGCGCCACAAGCUAGAUGCCAAGUGCCCGAUUGAAAGAAGACAUAUACGCCCAACAGCAUUGCACCAACAGCACCAUUGCACAAACUUGGCCAAGGAGCCGCAGAGAUCAGUGACGAACAACUUCACCUUAAACACCGAGACUGGGCUUAGCAUGAAAGUUUUGAGCAUACGGUACGUGCUCGCGAGCCGUCAUGGCUAGCCCGGGUGAAAACAGAGACAUGGAAUCUUGUUUUUUAGGUCAUGGCCUGAUAUGUACCUUGCAACUGGUCGUGUUCCUUCUGCAUUCCUUUGUGCAAACUUUCCUGCCCAAGCAGCGACACUGGUGCUUUCCGCAAUGCCCAAGUCCAAAAGGGCCAAGGUUGUGUCUUUGACCAAAGUGAAGAAGCGGCCCAAGGAGAAGAAGGAUGACCUCAUUGAAGAUAUCCGAGAGUCUUGCGGAAAGUUCGCACGUGUCUUCCUGGUUUCCAUUGAGAAUGAGCGGAAUCAGUUCAUGCAGGAAAUCAGGAAACGGCUUAGACCUGGGAAGCUGGUGUGUGCCAAGAACAAGGUCAUGCAGACAGCGCUGGGCACAAGCCCAGAGUCCGAGUGUCAGGACAGAAUACAUAAGAUCUCCGAAAUGAUUUCAGGCCACUGUGCCUUGCUUUUCACCAACCAAAGCCCGGAGGAGGUGGAGCGAGUGUUGGCAGAGUACAGACCGAGCGACUUCGCCCGCAGUGGCGCGACGGCCACGGGGACGGUGGUGUUGCCCAGAGGCACUGAGGCCCUAGCUGCUCUUCCACACUCCAUUGAGGCUCACCUUCGCCAGUUGGGAUUGCCCACAGUCCUCAAGGAGGGGCAAAUCCAUCUGUUGGGCGAGCACACGGUAUGCACCGCCGGGAAGGAGCUUUCUGCGGAUGCAGCCCAGGUACUAAAACUUCUGGAGAUCAAGCAAGCGCAUUUCACCUUGACGAUCGAGAUGCUACUCUUCAUUAGUUUGGAGGCCAUCGCGACUAGGUUGGAGGCCCAUUGGCAGCAGAAUGGUGAAUUUAAAGACUGUUCUGCAUUGGAAGAUUGAGCUCAAGAAGCAACGUGCGUGCUCUAGCAGUACCUCCAAGAGCAAAAGCCGUAGAAAAGUUCUGUCUUGC